AUGACAAUCCGACACCAAGGCCAGCAGUACAGGCCGAGGAUGGCAUUUCUGCAAAAGAUUGAAGCACUCGUGAAGGACAUGCAGAACCCGGAGACGGGAGUCCGAAUGCAGAAUCAGAAGGUCCUAGUCACCAGCAUCCCUCACGCCAUGACAGGAAGUGAUGUUCUGCAAUGGAUAGCCCAGCGGCUUUGGAUCUCUGGUCUGGAGGCACAGAACCUGGGCAACUUUAUCGUCAAGUAUGGCUACAUUUACCCUCUGCAAGACCCCAAGAAUCUCGUUCUCAAGCCCGACAACAACAGCCUCUACCGAUUUCAGACGCCGUAUUUCUGGCCCACCCAGCAGUGGCCAGCUGAAGAUACAGAUUACGCCAUCUAUCUGGCCAAGCGAAAUAUCAAGAAGAAAGGGAUUUUAGAAGAAUAUGAGAAGGAAAAUUACAAUUUCUUGAACAAAAAAAUUAACUACAAGUGGGACUUUGUCAUUAUGCAGGCCAAAGAGCAGUACAGGACCGGAAAGGAAAGGAACAAAGCAGACAGGUACGCGAUGGAUUGCCAGGAGAAGGCGUAUUGGCUGGUGCACCGCUGCCCUCCAGGAAUGAACGAUGUGCUGGAUUAUGGCCUGGACCGAGUGACCAAUCCUAAUGAAGUUAAGAAACAAACUAUCACUGCUGUCAGAAAAGAGAUCAUGUAUUACCAACAGGCCUUAAUGAGGUCUACGGUGAAGUCUUCAGUGUCCCUUGGAGGGAUCGUCAAAUACAGUGAGCAGUUCUCAUCCAAUGAUGCCAUCAUGUCAGGCUGCCUACCAAGCAAUCCUUGGAUAACAGAUGACACCCAGUUCUGGGAUUUAAAUGCCAAAUUGGUGGAAAUCCCAACCAAGAUGCGGGUGGAACGAUGGGCCUUCAACUUCAGCGAACUGAUCCGAGACCCCAAGGGUCGACAGAGCUUCCAGUACUUUCUCAAGAAAGAAUUCAGUGGGGAGAACCUGGGAUUUUGGGAAGCCUGCGAGGAUCUGAAGUAUGGAGACCAGUCCAAGGUCAAGGAGAAAGCGGAGGAGAUUUACAAGCUAUUCCUGGCCCCAGGCGCGAGGCGGUGGAUAAACAUAGAUGGCAAAACCAUGGACAUCACGGUGAAGGGGCUGAAGCAUCCCCACCGCUACGUGCUGGAUGCAGCACAAACCCACAUCUACAUGCUCAUGAAGAAGGAUUCCUAUGCUCGCUAUUUAAAAUCUCCAAUCUAUAAGGAAAUGCUGGCCAAAGCUAUUGAACCUCAGGAAACCACCAAGAGAAGCUCGAGCCUCCCGUUCAUGCGGCGUCACCUGCGCUCCAGCCUGAGCCCUGUCAUCCUGAGGCAGCUGGAGGAAGAAGCCAAGGCACGAGAAGCAGCCAACACGGUGGACAUCACCCAGCAGGGCCAGCACUUGGCUCCGAGCCCCCACCUGACCGUGUACGCCGGGACCUGCGUGCCCCCCUCUCCUUCCAGCCCUUUCUCCUCCUCCUGCCGGUCCCCCAGGAGGCCCUUCCCCUCGCCCGGCCGCUUCAUCCGCCGGCCCAGCAGCGCCGUCUGCCCCUCACCCAUUAGAGCGGCCUUGGACAGCGCCUCGGGCUUGGAGCAGAAGGGGGAGGCGAGCGAGUCCAGUGCCCAGCGCGGGCCCUCGGUCGCCGAGAGCAACGACACCUCCAGCGACUGCCUCCGCCCCCGCAGCCAGCCCGGGGCCCCUCCCAAGGCCCGCACGGCCCUGUCCUUCAGCAGGUUUCUGAGACGGGGCUGUCUAGCCUCGCCGGUCUUUGCCACGCUCUCACCCAAGUGCCCCCCUGUGUCCCACGGGAAGGUGCAGCCCCUGGCGGAUGUGGGCCAGCAGCUGCCACGGCUGAAAUCCAAGAAAGUAGCAAACUUUUUCCAGAUCAAAAUGGACGUGCCCACGGAGAGCGGGACCUGCCUGAUGGAUUUGGAGGACACUGAGACUGAAGAGUCGGGUGACCGGGCCAUAGAAAAGGAGGUCAUCUGCCCCUGGGAGAGCCUGGCCGAGGGGAAAGCAGGCUGA